GCAGGCGGAAUACGGGGAAAACUGGAAUUUAAUAAGGGGCAGGACAGAACGGAGCAACACACUAGGACUAACAUCGACUAAGAUCAGUGACGGACAAAAACCAAGGCAAGACACGGACUAAAAUAAACAAAACUGGGCGAAAAUAAUCGGACGCGGCUGGGCAAGAUCGGGGAAGCACACAUGGAUAAUCAGGGGGCGUGGCACACAGGAGGAGCGGACGAGCCGGGCAUGACAAUUAUUUAACAGAAAAUUAAUUUUUAAGGAGGUGAAACAGCAGCUCGCUUCUACAAAAUGACAACCCAGCAGCAGCAGGAGCCGGAGAAGCGCUACGAUCCCAGGGACAGUACCCUCAAGUUCGUGAACAGAAGGGAUGAAAUCACCCUGGAUGAUGACCCAGAGAUCCUGAGGGCAGAAAUGUCCUGUGGCCAUGCUGUCACCCCACAGUCACUGACCGCUUGGUGUCGAAGUCUCCUAGAUCAGGGUCAGUACAAGUUCAUGUGUCCGGCUCUGAAAGAUGAAACGAUAGAGAAGUGUGGGAAGGAGUGGUCCUAUCAGGAGGUUCGGAAACUGGCACUGCUGACAGACAGCGAGCAGAGAUAUUUUGAGGAGACAAUGGCAGCUCUGGCUGCUGCAGAGUUCUGCGAAUUUAAGUCAUGUCCCGGAUGCCAGUCCUCUGUGGAGAGGGAAGACUUGACCAAUCUGAGUGUGCGCUGCACAGUCUGCACUGCUGAGAUGGGCCAAAUCUAUGAAUUCUGCUGGCAGUGCCUGAGGCAGUGGAAAGGGCCUGCACCACGAUCUGACCGCUGCAACAAUGAUGGCUGCACCAACAAAGAUCUGGACCUGCUGCAGAAGUGCCCCAUGACUAUUCUGCCAGCAGUGCAGAACGUGCAGUGCCCCUCUAUACGCGCCUGUCCCACCUGUGGCCUACUGAUCGAGCAUGACAAGAGUGGCUGCAAGAACAUAAUCUGCUCGAGGUGUCAGAAGGAGUUCUGCUUUGUCUGUCUGAAGCUCACCCCUGAGUGUCUGAAGACCAGCAGUCACUUUACACCCUGUUCUGAUGGUGUUGCCCCCAGACAGACAUCAAUGCCUACCUGGAAAAGAAGUUAGAUACAUUUCCAGUUAAUUCACUCUCCCUAUGCACAAAUUAUACAUUUGCUGUUUCAUAUUAGUUCUGUAGCAUAGAACUUACAGUUGAAUCUAGUUAUGUCUGUUUGCUCUAUCUGCAAAUUAAUUAUUUGAUUGGAUAAGUGUAUUUACUCAUUAGAAGUAACAAAAUGGUUUUAGGGAUAUAAAGAAAUUCCCGCUAAUAUGUAUACAAGUAUGAGAUGCACCUUUUCAUUGUCAUAUAUUAUCAGAUCCACAAAUACGUAAGCUACAGUUGUCCAGAAGAGUCAUUUUUAAUUAGUAAUAAGUUUUCUAUGGUAAACUGCAUAUCCAAUAAAGGCAGAAAAUGUUGAAUUGUUGUGGACUUGUGACUGAACAAUUAUGUAUGAAGUUUGCUAUUAUAGCCAUGAUCAAAUUGUCAGCCUGAAUUAUCACAAUAAAACGUCCAGUGGUA